AUGCCUCUUGGUCUAGACACAUUGGAUUUCGUGGUUCUGUGUGGACUGGCUUUGGCCGUCGCGGCCUACGUAGGCAAAGACAAGCUUAAGAGCAUGUUGGCCUCCAACGAAUCUAUCAAGGUGAGCUCUGAUUCUCGGGAUAUAGUGCAGACGCUCCGCGACAACGACAAGAACUAUCUAGUCCUGUACGGUUCGCAAACAGGAACGGCCGAAGACUACGCCAAGAAGUUCGCUAAAGAGCUUUCUGCCAAAUUCUCGCUCAAGGUUAUGUGUGCGGAUAUCGAGAAUUACGACAUGCAGAAUCUUAAUGAGCUUCCUGCCAAUGUCGUGGUGUCAAUUUUCUUGUCUACUUACGGAGAGGGCGACUUUCCAGAUGGAGCCAUACCAUUUGAAGACUUUCUGACUGGUCUCAGCAGUGGCGAUCUUGAGAACGUGCGCUAUACGCUUUUCGGUCUGGGAAACUCUACUUAUGAAUUUUUCAACGGCGCUAGUAAGAAAGCUCAAAAAUACUUGUCUGAAGCUGGUGCUACUCUCGUAGGCAAGUCUGGCGAAGCAGAUGAUGGUGCAGGCACCACCGACGAAGACUAUAUGACCUGGAAAGACGCUUUAAUGGCACUUUUGAAGUCUGAACUUGGUCUCGAUGAGCAUGAACAGAAAUUUGAACCCAACUUCCAGUACUCUGUUAUGGAAACGGAUGAGACCGACAAUAGUGUCUCUUUAGGUGAACCAACUGUGCAGUAUCUACCAGGUCAGAAAUUACCAUUCAGUCCUGACGGAAGACAGACGGGUCCUUUCGAUUCAACUCACCCGUAUGUGGCUCCAAUUGUGAAGUCGAGAGAAUUGUUCAAAUCUAAUGGCCGUAACUGCAUUCAUGCAGACUUUGAUCUUUCCGGCUCGAACCUUAAAUAUUCCACUGGUGAUCACUUGGCUGUUUGGCCCUCAAACUCGAAUGAGAAGGUUGAGAAGUUUUUGAACUGCUUUGGUCUCGAUCCCAAAGUCGUUUUCUCAUUAAGGCCCCUGGACCCAACCAUUAAAAAUCCUUUCCCACUGCCUACGACUAUUGGUGCCACUGUUAGACACUAUCUAGAGAUUACGGGUCCCCUCUCCAGACAAUUUUUUGGCUCUAUCAUGCAAUUUGCGCCAAAUGCUGAAUUGAAAGAACGUUUGAACGAGCUAUCCAAUGAUAGAGAUGAAUUUGCUAAAGAAAUCACUGUCAAGUACCUAAACUUAGCCGACGCGCUCUUGUACUUGUCUAACGGUGCUAAAUGGACCUCGGUUCCUUGGAAUUUUUUGGUAGAAAGCAUUCCCCAUAUGCAGCCGCGCUAUUACUCGAUAUCUUCGUCUUCUCUGACUGAGAAGCAGACCAUCAGCAUAACCGCUAUUGUAGAAAAUAUGCUAAAUCCAACUUCUGAGAAAGCUGAACCUGUCACUGGUGUUGCUACAAAUCUUUUGAGGCACAUUCAAUUGUCUCAAAAUAAAGAAAGUGCUGAGAAUUUGCCUUUGCCGGUUCAUUACGACCUGUCAGGUCCUCGAGGUCUGUUCAAAUCUCACAAACUACCAGUUCACGUUCGUCGUUCAACGUUUCGUUUGCCCUCGAAUCCAGCUACCCCUGUUAUUAUGAUCGGCCCAGGUACUGGAGUUGCCCCAUUCCGCGGCUUUAUCAGAGACCGCGUCAAGUUUGCGGAGCAACAACCCAACGUUUCUUUAGGUAAACACCUUCUAUUCUAUGGUUCGCGGGAUCAAAAUGAUUUCUUGUAUCAAGAGGAAUGGCCCGAAUAUAGCAAAAAGCUAGGCGGUGUUUUUGAAAUGGUCGUUGCUCACUCUAGAUUGCCAAACAAACCCAAGACUUACGUUCAGGACAAACUUCUUGAAAAGGAAGAAGAACUUUUCAAGCUUUGUGCGACCCAGGGCGCUUUCAUCUAUGUGUGCGGUGACGCUAAAGGAAUGGCUCAAGGUGUACAUGCUGCUCUUGUUACAAUCUUGAGCAGAGGCAAGCAAAUCAAAGAAUCCGAAGCCGCUGAAAUGCUCAAAAUGUUGAAGUCUAGCGGUAGAUAUCAAGAAGAUGUCUGGUAA